CCGUCAUUCGUGGCCUGCUUGUGCGUAAAGGACACCUCCACUCCGUCCUUCGUCUCUCCACAACACGUCGACUCUUUUUAAUCCCCCCCGGUGGUCUCACCUCCUCCUCUUAAACUCAGGCACCCCGGAGUCCGUUUUGCAGAUCGAAGAGCCGGGGAACCGGGGCGCUGUGAACCGGGGAGGGAGCACCGGCACCAUGCGCUCCUUGGCGGGACUCGGUGCCAUCGUGGCGGCGGCGAGCGUCUACCUCUACCUGCUGUCGAGCCACCUUCCCCCGGGACACAGGCGGCCGCACGCGGGGGAGGACGAGGGGCAGGACGAGGGGGUCCGGGAGUACAGUCUGAAGUUCCCGUCCGACCUGGACGAGCUGCGGGAGCUCGCCGACACGCUCAAGUUCUACAAGCAGGAGCAUCACGGCUACGUCCUGCUGCUGUUCUGCAGCGCCUACCUGUACAAGCAGUCCUUCGCCAUCCCUGGCUCCUCCUUCCUGAACAUGUUGGCCGGAGCGAUAUUCGGCCCGUGGGAGGGUUUGGCGUUGGCGUGUCUGCUCACCAGCUCGGGCUCCACCUUCUGCUUCCUGCUCUCCGCUGCGUUCGGGAAACGCCACGUGGUGCACUUCUUCCCGGAGAAGGUGGCGCUGCUGCAGACGAAGGUGGAGGAGAACCGCAGCAGUUUGUUCUUCUUCCUGCUUUUCCUCCGCUUCUUCCCCAUGACCCCCAACUGGUUCCUGAACAUCACCUGUCCUGUCCUCAACAUCCCUAUGCCUAUCUUCUUCUCCUCGGUGCUCAUCGGUUUGAUUCCCUACAACUUCAUCUGCGUGCGGACGGGCUCCAUGCUGUCGGAGAUCUCCUCGGCGGACGACGUCUUCUCCUGGGGGACGCUGGGGCAGCUGCUGGCCAUCGCCCUCGCGGCGCUCGUCCCCGGGGCGCUGAUCAAAAGCCACGGCCGGCGUCGCCUGAAGGUGGACGGCAUGGAGCGCAACGGGAGCGGCCACGCCGGGCUCAGGCGGGACCGGAGGAGACGGUGACUCCGGGAGGAAGGAGAACUUGAGGGGUUGUCGGGGGAGGGAGGAGAUCACACGCAUGCGACCUUUUGUCCACUCCAGCGGCGUGGUCGUAUCAAGGUCGUAUCAUAGCGACACCACGAUCCGUUUGGAAAAAGUGGAGGACAUGUCCUCAGGUCGCGUUGCGCCGGACAUCGGUGACACCAAGAAAAGAAGAAGAAGAGUCUUCCAUUAGUCGCACGAGAGGACGAGUGUUUGCAGUGGAGUUCAAGAAAUGGAGAGUUGCGUGUUACGGCGAUAAUGGUGCUUCUUUAAAAUGAGAUCGUUGAUGACAAAAUAUAUUUUUAAUCUCCUGAGCAAAAUAUGACAGUUUAGCUCAAUUACAUUUCUUUUGUCCGAACCACGUUUCAGCGGAGACGUUGUGAACAUGUGAUCCAUUGCUGUCGUUUCAGGGUAUUUUAUAUUGUCUUCUCUCCCGAAGCACUUAACUUCUUGUGUCUUAAUGUGCCUGUUAGCUGUGAACACGUGAGGAUUUUUUUCACAGUUGCGAGUUCUGUAUGUCGACACUGUUUACUGAGGAUUUUCUGCCGCCAGCAGUUCCUCUUUUCUCGUCCACUGCCGGUGCCUUGCUCAAGAGCGCCGACGCAUUUUAACGUUCUCUCGUGUGAAUAUGAAGCUUUUGACAGAAACUGCACUUUGCGUCUGUUGUCGUCAGUGUUGAGUGAUUUACUGUUUAAGUUUGGCACGUUUAAAUUGUACUUUUUAUUUCUAAGUUAGCGGAAAGUCUUAAAUUGUAGUUUCUUAUUAAGAAAAAAACCAAGAACAUUGAUUAUUUUUUAAAAGUUUGCUUUGAUUUUUGUAACGUAUGUCCUUUAGCUUCUUACAGCAGUGGAUCAUCGACUGUGUAUUUCAGACGUAUCAUUAUUUACGAUAUAUUAUGUUGAAUUCAUUUUUGAAGUGUGGUGAAAAUUCAGGAUAUUAAAAAAAACAGUUUUGUAAAAAAAGACCCAGAGUAGCAAAUGCACUGUUUGUAUGUAGGUUUUAUCAAGAGCUUAUGAAUAUCUAGGUGCGAUCGAAAGGUUCCGAGACUGUUUUGUCACGUAGGGAACUGUGUCACGCAAGAGUCUGAACUUUGUGAUUGCAGUCACACAGUGGCAGCACUUUCACAAUGUUGCUUCUACCUCUACAGAACUCCGUCUGGGUCUUGGGAAGAGAGACGUUUGUCCUUAGACCAAAAACUUUGUGAGAAAACGACGACAAAAAAAGGGAGGAUUUUUUGUUUGACUACAUUCAAAUAUAACAGAGUCUGGGUAAAUUUCUGUUUGCUAGUAAAUUUGCCUGUGAAAUGAGAAAA